AUGGCGCGCACGAGCUCGUUGACGUCGUCGUCCCCGCCCCGCCGCGUCGACCGGGAGCUGAAGGUGGCCGCCUGCUGCAUGCGCGCGCCGCCGUACCCGGCGCGGCCCCCGGCGCCGCCGUACUGCGUGGGCAUGGCGCCCGCGCACGCCGACAUCUUGCGCACGUACGAGUCGCACGCCCGCGACAGCGCCCGCACCGGCGCGCCCAGCCACCGCCCCAGCUUGCUCUUCCCGCAGCCGCCGCCGCCCUCUCCCUGCUCCUUCUCCUGCUUCAUCCUGAUUGAUCCGAUCCGACGCGUUUCCGUGUGA